GUCGCACGAGGUCACCAUUAUCGGAAUUGAAAUAUCCGUCACGUCUGUCGACUUUAAUAUAACCUCUGUUUUGAUUUUUUCGUGAUUGCCUGUCGAGCGAAGACGCUGUAAAAACUAAAAUCAGAAAUGGGCAUCGGUGGCACGUUGUACAAUGUCGUUCUUAGACGCACAUCUACAUUUACGCUCGUCGUUUUAGCCUCCGCCUUCGUCUUCGAAAGGUCAUUUGAUGUGGCUGCCGACAAGAUUUUUGAAACUAUUAACAAAGGGAAACUAUGGAAAGACAUAAAGCACAGAUAUGAGUAAUGAAUGAGAUAUUUUAGAGACAAUGUGUGUUAGCUUUAUAUGUAACAAAUAUAUGCUCUAUCUUCAAAUAUGUAUAAAUAAAUAACAACUUAGAUUUAUACAUGUGUA